AUGCGCAGCCAUGUGGCUGCCUUGGAAGCGAACGGUAUGGUAUACCAAAACAACCGGGCUACGUGGGCCUCAGCCCCAAGGAUCGUGCCGAAGAAGGAAGUCGGCGACUUGCGCAUGACGAUCGACAGCAGGCCGAUCAACGCCUGCACGGAGCCGAUGCCUUGGCCGAUGCCAAACCUGGACAGCGCGAUGGUCUGUCUGGUCGGAACGAACGUGUACUUCACGUUGGACUGGACCAAGGGGUACUGGCAGUUGCCGCUGCAUGCGGACAGCCAGAUGUACUUCUCGUUUAUGACGCCCUUCGGAGUGUACACACCGACUCGCGUGCUCAUGGGACAGACGGACGCUGUCGCGUACUGCCAGUCGGUUGUCCACCAAAUGUUUGGUGAGCUGCAGUUUCGAGGCCUGUUGGCCUGGCUCGAUGACUUGCUGGGGUCCACCAAGACAACGGACGAGCUGCUCGACUUGUUGGACCAAGUCCUGUCCAUCUGUGCCCAGUUCGGACUCAAACUGAGCCCGCAGAAGUGUCAUUUCUUUCUGCGCGAGGCAGAAUGGUGUGGCAAGCUGAAUUCAAGGACUUGUGGACUUGUCGCCGCCGACGACCGCGGCCGACCUCCAGCAGUUUGUGUGUGCCACCAACUGGAUGCGUGCGAGCAUCCCCGGCUACAACCAGCUGGUGGAUCCGUUGCGACGUCUGCUCGACGUGGCCACCAAGGCAGCCGGAAGCUGCAAGAAAACGGCGUUAGUGCGUGUCGCACUCCCUUCCGUGGGAUGGUCAUCCGACCAUCUCAAGUGUUUCAACGAUGUGAAACACGCGUUGGCGCAUGUGGUGCCCCUGUCGCACCGCGAGAAGACAUGACGGUGUGCGUCUUCAUGGACGCCAGGGACCUGUUUUGGGGUGCGGUCGCCACACAAGUACCGCCAGCGGACCUCGACUUGCCUCUCGAAGUCCAGCGGCACCAGCCGCUUGCGUUCAUCAGUGGGUCGUUUUCUGGCGCGAGUGCGCGUUGGCCCAUCGUGGAGAAGGAGGCCUAUGCCGUGGUCGAGUCGUGCAAGAGACUCGACUACCUGGUCGUACGCCCGGGUGGUUUCCGUCUGUUUACAGAUCACCGCAACCUGAUGUACAUCUUCAACCCAAGUGGCUCGAACGCCAACAUGGCCAAGUACCAGGCCGACAAGUUGCAGCGAUGGUCGCUGGUGAUGUCGACCUUCCCGUACACCAUUGAGUGCGUCUCGGGUGACACGAAUGUAUGGGGCGACCUCCUGAGCCGAUGGGGUUCGGUUCCGGCGGAUCAACCAGUUGCGAAUGUUCGCAAGUUGAUCCACGUGGUGUCGCCCUUGCAACAAGUGGAUUUCAAGUGGCCGACAGCCGCUACGAUCAGCGGCAUCCAACGUUCAACCAUGGAAGGGGGAGGGACCCCCCCAAACGGCGUGGAUUGGGACGACGACUCCCAUUUUUACGUGGACCCAGACGGACGAAUCUGGAUCCCAGACGAUGGCGGUUCUCACUUCAAGAACGAAGUGAUCGAGAAGAUGCGGAAGUUGGUGGGUGCCCACCAUCAUAUCACGACAGCCUACAGUCCUUGGGCGAACGGGACUGUAGAAGUAGUCAACCGACUAGUGCUGCGCGCCGUGAAGGCGCUGCUCAGCGAAAUGAAGCUGAACGCGGACGAAUGGCCGCAUGUGUUGCCCCUCGUUCAAGGCGCCCUUAACCAUCAGCCGGCGGACCGGCUGGGAGGAAUUGCGCCUGUGACAGCGUUUACCGGCCUGUCAGCCAAGGCCCCGCUGGCAGGAGUUGUCCACCCGACGUCCAAGGAAGUUUACGUCACGGACUGGCUUGGCGCCGCCCGUCAGAAACAUGUGACGGACCUCCAAGUGGCGCUAGAAGAAAUGCACCGCAACGUGGCGCAGCUGGUGCCACCGUAUGAAGUCACGGUCCACCAUGCGUGCCGACUGAAGAUGUACCACGAAGGUGGUAGCGAGGUGACCGAAGACCUCGAGGCGCAGAUCGCGUUUGGCGAUGGCGGAUUUCAUGUGGAGCGCCUGGACGAAGCGCGCUGCGUGGAUGGCCAACACCAAGUUUUGGUGAAGUGGCUUGGACUUGACGAUGAAGAAUCGUCCUGGGAACCUGCGGCGAAUUUGCUGGACGACAUUCCAGUCGUAUUUCGCAAGUGGGCGGCGGCGAACAAGGAAGUCCCUGCCGCCCUCAUCAAGACACUGGACUUUCCGUAG